ACGCCGCAUUCAGUGACCGCAGCAAGCAUGGCGGCCUCUCGGAGACUGCUGGUUUGUUUACGUUCCGGUGUUUGGAGUGUGUUGUUUUAUUGUGUUUACUCGCAGCUCACAGCCGCCGUGGCCGAAGACGUGGACAGCUGUGAGAACCUGCGACUUGGACAGUAUCGAUGUAAUGAGCCGAAAAUUGACGAGGCCACUCAGGAGCCGGAGAACUGCACAGACUCCACAGCCUGGGUGGAGUGUAUGCCUGCUCGCAACAUCAGCUGCCGGCUGUCUAAUGGGACAGAGUUUAUGUUCAGUGGUAAGGAGGUGGGCUUCAACAAAACUAUCCCCUGCAGGAACGUGAGCGGGUAUUCUUACAAAGUCGCGGUAGCGUUGUCGCUCUUCCUGGGCUGGCUGGGAGCAGAUCGAUUCUACCUGGGCUACCCCGCUCUCGGCCUGCUCAAGUUCUGCACCGUCGGCUUCUGUGGAAUCGGGACCCUGGUGGACUUCAUAUUGAUCGCCAUGCAGAUCGUAGGUCCGGCUGAUGGAUCCAACUACAUCGUGGACUACUAUGGGGCCCGACUGACCCGACUGUCCAUCACUAACCAAACCUACAGGAAGCCGCACCUCUCUCUGUGAACACCUGUGUUAUUGGGAAAUUAUGACGCACUGACACGAGGAGAGACGCAGCUUCAACCACAUGUGUACACAACAAGCAACAGCUAAUACAUUCGUUAUGGAAGAUUCGUCAACAGAAGCACACAGAAGAGCACAAAGGCAGAAAUGUAUCUGACAGAUUCGAUUCUGAUGUGAUGUUAAACAAUCUUUUUUUUUUUUCCUUUGUUUAACUAAAAGUAUGCAGUCAACGUACCUAAUUUGAAGUUUAAAAAGAGAAAAAGAUUUCAAAUAGUUUUUGUUAGAAAAAAUAAAUGAAACCUUUUUGUAUAAAUAAAUACUUUUGAAAAACCGCAAAAUGACGAGGCCUCAAUUUUGAUUGAAAAUCCUUUACUUUGUCCAAUUAAAAUCACUGAAUUGUUUAAUUUCAAGCACAAGACAUUUAUAAGAUUCUGAUCUCUGACAAAUGUGAGUGUAGUCAGAUUAUUAUCCUUCAUUACUUAAAAUAAAUUCUUUACUGUGAUAAGUCAAGUCAUAAGUUCCUUAACUUCCACAUCUUUGGUUUCACUCUGACUUUUUAAUACAUGUGGUAGAAACCUGAUCACAAAUCAACAAUUAUAUGUUGACUUUUAUUUCCCUUCCAGGUCAGGUGAUCAUUUCUCCACUUCUGGCUGUUCAGUCACUUAUGUUUGUGCUGCUCUUGUUUCCAUGACAACAAUGUUUUACUGUCUCCAUGGCAUAUUUGUUUCUGUAUUUUGUAUUUAUUUAAGACUUUGUUCCAAUAAACAUUAUAAAU